AUGGCGGGGUCGGUGGCCGACAGCGAUGCAGUGGUGAAACUAGAUGAUGGGCAUUUAAACAACUCCUUGGGCUCUCCAGUUCAAGCCGACGUGUACUUCCCACGAUUGAUCGUGCCGUUUUGUGGGCAUAUUAAAGGUGGCAUGAGACCAGGCAAGAAGGUGUUAGUGAUGGGCAUUGUAGACCUCAACCCAGAAAGUUUUGCAAUCAGCUUGACCUGUGGUGAUUCAGAAGAUCCUCCCGCCGACGUGGCGAUUGAACUCAAAGCAGUGUUCACAGACCGGCAGCUACUCAGAAAUUCUUGUAUAUCUGGGGAAAGGGGUGAAGAACAGUCAGCGAUCCCUUACUUCCCAUUCAUCCCAGACCAGCCAUUCAGGGUGGAAAUCCUUUGUGAGCACCCACGUUUUAGAGUUUUUGUGGAUGGACACCAACUUUUUGAUUUUUACCACCGCAUUCAAACGUUAUCUGCAAUCGACACCAUAAAGAUCAACGGAGACCUCCAGAUCACUAAGCUUGGCUGA